UAGUGUCAGCAAAAAUAAUUAUUGUCAACGCCAGCUGUUUCAAUGACUGUGCCGGUGAUUUUGUAAUUAAAAUUGAAGAAAUACUUAAAAAAUGGAUGAAAUUGAAUAUAAAUUGAACACUAACAAUAGUGUUCUAAUAGUUAAUGCUAUCGACAAGCUGAUAUCUACUAUUAAAUCGAAAUAUAAGCCGAUAGAACGUCAGAGGUUUGUGAAUGAAAAUGAAGAGCUGAAGUUUUUGAGAGAAAAGUGUUCUUCAAAGGAUGCUAAGGUUAGCCUGACGGCGUGUCAGGGUCUGCUGUCCUUGGUGGAACUUGGAGUCUUGGAAAUAGCUCACACGAUGUCCACUGUUGUAACUUUACUACCUAGCACACAUAACUACUCAGCCAUAAUAUCGACAAUGGCUGGUCUAUUGAUAUUGGAUUUGAAGGCUCGCUUGGUGCCGGGGCACCAGUACAAGUGCCAGUUCACUCUGAAGUCUCCGCAGCACCCAUUCAUCACUGUGCUGGACAAGAACAAGGAUGCCGAGGGUGAUGUGUUGGCUCAGAUGCAUGCUUUGUGCACGCAUCCUGAUUAUACGGUAUCAUCAAACAGCUUAGAGCUGCUUAGACCAGUGUUCUUCUGGCUGACCUGCCAUCCUCAGAGGGAAUGCAGCAUCAGGCCUUGGCAACUAUUGCUCAGUCUACCUCCCACUACUGCACAAUCCUCCCUUCUGCUUGCCUGUCUUAGUUGCCAACAGAUCUACAACCCGGCUCUAAUAGAGCGCUCGUUCGCGGCGUACAGCGCAGUGACAGAGGCGGCAGUGUACCAGCAGCACAGAGAACAUGUCAUGGCCCUACUGCCCAUGCUCGCUAGAGUUUCCAGUCAACUUAUCAAGCUCGAACGAGACCCUCGUUCGUGCUACAACCUGAUCGAGCGGUGCUUCGCCCUCGACGCGCCGGAGCUAAGGACCGUCGCCGGCAUCACGCUCAUGCUUCUAGCUGAGAAUCUCGCUGACACAUCCGCUUUGUAUCUUCAUGAACUGUUCAAUUUAUGUAUAAACAUAAUCAGCAAAUACGAGUACUCAUCGUUAUCCCUAAACGUCUUCGUGGCUCUCUCACUACAAUGGCUGAAUCUCCCGUCCUACCUCACAGCAUCAGCUCUUAAAGUAGCCUCCAAGAUCCUGGAUAUAUACCAGGAUAACUACAAAGACGACACGAGAUUGCACACACCGAAUCUCAAAGCCAAUAAGACGUUCCAAUCUUUACUCUACACAGAUAGCCAUCUGUCUAUAGUUUUCAAACUGAACCAAAAUUGGGAACGAAUGAGAGAUAACCCGGACAAAUUGAAGAGCUGGCUCGAUUCCUUAGCCACAGUGAAUAAUGAAGUCAAAUUGGAAUUGCUACCAUUCUUACUUGGCAUGGUUUUAGAGAAACGUAAAGAGGCGUGGUAUGAAGAGGUUGUGGUUAAGGUUAUCAGGAUUGUGAUAGAUCUGGUUAGUUAUAAGAAGGAGGUGUCUGUGCAGUUGUUGCCGCUGUUGAUGUAUAAGAUAGCUAAUGAUAGGUGUCCCGCGGUGAGGUUGGAGUGUUUGAGGGCUUUGCCGUUAAUGGCGAAGACUAAGGAAAAUGUCCCAACUAUAGUAUCAGUAUUGAAUAAGUUGAAAGCUAACAAAGGAGUACCGACAUCGUUCCUCAUCAUGCUAUACACCAGCUUAGCAGAAACGCAGGUGCGAUGUUUCCCAUACUUACAAGAAAUGCUCGUGGACCCGGGUGUGGGCAAGCAAGAUGACUUGAAGUGGGAGCUUGAUAUCGCAAAGGCGAUUGCUGUUGAUAGGAUAUGUGAGAUACGUCCGACGAGCCACGGGCUGGAGUGCGUGUCGGUGAUAUCGUCCCUGCUGAACCGCUGCGUGGAGCGCGGCGGUAGUGUCGCCACGAGCGUGUGCGUCCGCGCGCUGGGCCGCCUGUGGCGCGGCGCCGCGCUGGCCCCGCACUCCACCUGGACCGCGCUGCAGCCGCGCCUCGCCAGGGACAACCGCCCCGCCGUGCAAGUCAGUAUCUGCCAGCUACUAGGCGAGGUCCCGUCGCUACGGGUCCCUACCCCGGAGUUCUCCCGGCUGGCGAGCGAGGGCGCGCGUCGCCUGUGGCAGUGGGUGGCGGCGGGGACCGUGCCCGAGGUCGUCGAGGCGGCCUGCGACGCUCUCUCACACUACAAAAUUGAUGAUUACAAGCUUUGCGACGUGCCUGAGAUAUACAGGAAGACAGUGAAACUACCUCCCUCGUACUGCAAGACUCCAGCAGACGCGGCCAGGAAACCUGAAGAAGUGCUUGAUUAUAUACCAUGUGAAAUCUGGCCGGAAGUAUUUAAGUACACGAACCAGGCGGCGUUGGAGGGCGUGCAGAGACUGGCGUCCCGUAACAUAGAGCGCGAGCUGCGCGCGUACCGCAGCGGGCAGUACCAGCACGACCCUCGACAGGAACCCACCGGCCUGCAGCAUCUGCAGCCCACCAGCGUCGCCAGGGGACUCGUCGACUGCUUCAGGAAACAGGCUAUAUCCCCCUCAUACGAGUUCCCGGACGUGGUGCUACUGUCCAUGCUGCGUGCUUUAACGGUGGAGUACCCGAAGCCACUGCCGCCCUUCGACGUCUGCUUCCUGCCAGAGGUAUUCCACCGCGGCACUGACUGGCGACGCGGGUGUGUCACACUAGCCGCGAGACAGGCGCAGGUGUCUCAGUCCGCCAGGAGGAUACUCGAGAAUUAUCUGCAAGGCGUCGCUGCGGGGACUGCUGAGGAAACAGACGUGCUCCUAAUCUUCGAGAUACUACCAAUUCUAUGCCGCGGGAUGCCACCGAAUGCGCUCCGACCUCCUCUAGAAAGAUGUCUAGCAGACUCUUUCGCAGAAAUAUCUCAUGUCAAGGCGAAAAAGGGGGAGGAGAAAGAGUACAUGUUUAUAAGGCAGAUGGAGUGCAUCCGUCUUUGUCUGGAGUGUGACAAGAUACACGAUGCCAACAGGACGCUGCUGUCGCAAAUCGUGGAGCAUUACUUCUCGGAGAUCGGCGAUGAUAAUGUUGCUUGGCCGACGUACGUGUCGACAUGUCGCAGCUUGUCCAGCAAGUACCUGGAGCGGAUGUCGUCCCCCAGUGCGUGGUGGGAGCUGUCCCCCGGCCUGCUGCGGAAGGCGGCGUCGCUGAGGGGAGCCCUGGCCACCAUGCGGGACUGUGAGGCUCCACUCAACUGGCUCAACGAGAUCAUUGAUGCACAGGCUAUGGAGAUCACUGAGCAGGAGUUCUCAUUACGCUGCAUGGUCCCGGCGCUGCAGGCGGCGGACCCUGACUGCGAGCCCACCAGGGACUGGAUGCUGCAGCUCAUGGGACGCACGCAGGUCGCCUUCAACGAGACGGAAGAUAAGUCAGCGAAGCAGUACCUGUGCGACGUGUUCACUGUGUGCGUGGUGGUGUUCAGCGGCGUGUGGUGCGUGGAGUGCGACAGUACCGCCCUGGUCUCCAGUCGGGCGGCCCGCCGCGCCUUACUGCCGCCUGCAGUCGCAGUCUUACUGGCCAGGCCCGCCUGGCACUCCUGUACUCUGCAGUUGCUGGAGUGGGUGUCCCACUCCCGCGGUGCGGUGGGCGACAGUGGCGCGGCGGCGGCCUGCCAGCGCGCCCUGCUGGCGGCGCGACACGCCGCGCCCUUCGCCACGCACUCCAUAUGGACUCGACUGGAAAGUCACUUCGGCCGAGACAUUAUCGUAGACGAAUAAAUAUCAGCCAUUAUGCAGUAUGUACAUAAAACAUCUCUUUACAUAAUCGACUGAAUAACAUACAUAUAUACAUAUACAUUGACGAAGUAUAAUAUGAUUAUAAUCUAGUCAAAUGGACCUGAAUUCUUAAAUGUAUGGUUGUAGAUGUAAUAUAUUUUCUUUUAAAAUGUUUAUUUACAAUCGUUAUAAAUACUAUGUUUCGAUACCACGGCCUCACAGAAAACUGGCGUGAAACAACGCUUGCGUUAUGUUUCGCCGUGUUAGUGAGGUUACCGCGGUGCCAAUAUUCCCCAUCUUCGUAUCCCUCAUACGGCACAGCCUAGUUAAGCAUAAAUAAAACAUAGCAAGAAGACUUCAGUACUAAAUUAAGGUUUUAUGUAAAAUUGCCAACGUCAUACAUUUGAGAAUUUGGUUUAAAUUGUUGUAUUUUUAUUUUUGUAACUGUUAAAUUGUGAAACUAAAACAUAUAACUUGUAUUGGUAGAUAUAAGAUUGUUUUGUAAUAAUAACGC